UCAAGGUAAAUAGUGCGUUUUUAUUUAUAAAUAGCAUAUUUGUUUAUUUGCCUUCGUUGACGUGUACUUUGGACGAAAGAUGGUGAAAAUUGGGGUAAGAAUCACGAGACGACCGUUCAUCACAACAGAAAAUUAAAACAUAGCAAUAGUCCAGUAAUUCCCACAAUGAAUGAGGAGGAAGAAGAAGUAGAACGAAAAUGGAGAGAAAUAACUUCUGGAGGGAGUUUUGACUGCAGCGGUGCUCAAGUUAGGAAAAUAAAAAGACAUCCAUCAAAAGUGUUUGAUCGAUUGGAAAACUUGGAUAAUGCUCUGAGGAGUUGGGUUUCAGUUGCAGAGGAAUCAGUUGAAAAGAUGACAAAAAUAUCAAACGAACUCGAUCAUUAUCACAAAAUAGCUCGAGGUGCUGGUAACGGCGGAUCGAAAGCAUUUAUUUUGGGUGCAGGUUUGGCAGGUGUUGGGUUACUUUUAGCACCAUUUUCAUUUGGAGCAUCUCUGAUACCAACAGGUGGCUUGCUUGCUGCAGGAGGUAAAAUUACAGCCAAGGGGUCAAAGAAAAUUUAUGACGUUAUGACACGACGUGCAUGCGAUGAAACGGACAAACUGUUAAAGAAAUGUCAAUCAAAUAUGGACACUUUAAUGAAAGAGUGCUUAUCAAUUGGAAACUUGCUUGAUGGGUUUUGGGAAAUAGAAACAGCCUUUUUACAAUGGGUAGCGUUUUGGAGUAGGAUUUGUCUAAAACACAGACCCUUUCACACUACUUCAAAGUGGAGCUCCAUCGUUCAAUUUGCAGAAAGAGAGAUGUAUCGAACAUUAAUUUCCAUACAUCACGUAAAUGAGGAACAAUUAUGUGAACACAGUAUAAUGGCAGUAAAAAUACGUACAUGUACUGAGGAAUUAAAACGUUUUCUCCCAACAGACACGGAAAUAGAGACAAUGAUUAAAAUGACAAGAAAUUCUUUGAAUGAAAGGUUGUCUUGAAAUCACCUGUACUAAGAUGUAUGCUUUAUUUGUUUCUUCUCUUUCUAUUCUUUAUUGAUGUUAAGAUAUUUUCUUUUCAAUUCAACCAUUCACGUGUAUAAAUUACAUCACUCAAAUUAUCAUGUUCUUCAUUAAAAUUUAUUUGUAUAUGACUGGUAAA